GCUUCUUACACACAGCAACAGUUAGACAGCCACCUCCGUAGCUUGCUAGCCAAACCGAUACAGCUCGUUAGACGCUUUCGUGUAUAUUAGCCACUAUGUUUUAAACCCAUGUCUGUUGUCUAGUUAGUUAUCCCAUUUAAUGUAAUAUUUACUGUGUUGUUAUUGAUAAACUAGCUGGCUGGUUAAAUUAGCACUAUCCUAGCAAGCAAGCUGACAUCGCCGACCAUGACCUCACUAAGCUACUCUCCAACUAUUAAAGAAGAGGUCUGCUGGACGGAGAAGGAGGAUGCUGUUCGAGUGAAAGAAGAAGAGAAAGAAGUUACAGUAAAAGAAGAGGGAGACGCGUUUAGAGUGAAAGUGGAGGAGGAAGUUACUGUGAAAGAAGAGGAGCAAGAGGAGGAUGGAGUUGUCGGAGUGAAAGAAGAGAAUAGGGAGAUGACUGUCACAUCGAAAAAGGAGGAGGAAGAGGAAACUGGAUAUCUGGGCUCGGUUUCCCAAAGUGGUCUUAAGGCAUCCUAUGGUUCUACUGAUGAAGUUAGCCUUAAAAUGCGUUUGGGAAAAUCGGCCCAGAUUAACACUAGAGAGAGACUUGACUAUCGUGGAUCCUCUGUAGAGCCUCAACAAUAUCAUGACGCUGACGAGGCAGAGAAGAGUCUCUCCACAUCAGAACACCUCAAGAAAAACCAGCGGAAACCCACAGGGAAGAAAUCUCACCGAUGCUCCGACUGUGGGAAGAGUUACUCAAGAUCAGAUUCACUAAAGGUACACCAGAGAAUUCACAAUGGAGAGAAACCUUAUACCUGUGAUCAAUGUGGGAAGAGUUUUGUUACAUCUAGCCGUCUGACUAUACACCAGAGAACACAUACAGGAGAGAAGCCAUAUAGCUGUGAUCAAUGUGAGAAGAGUUUUGUUAGGUCUAGCCAUCUGACUAUACACCAGAGAACACACACAGGAGAGAAAUCUUACCAUUGCUCUGACUGUGGAAAGAGUUACUCAAGAUCAGAUUCACUAAAAGUACACCAGAGAAUUCACACUGGAGAGAAACCUUUUAUCUGUUAUCAGUGUGGGAAGAGUUUUAAUGGUCCAAGCAGCAUGAAAACACACCAGGGAAUUCAGGCUGGAGAGAAACCUCAUUGCUGCUUUGACUGCGGGAGGAGAUUCACCCCUUCAGAGGACCUUAAAAAACGUCAGAGAAUUCAUACAGGAGUGAAACCUUAUAACUGUUAUCAAUGUGGGAAGAGUUUUACUGAAUCUAGGCAGCUGACAAUACAUCAGAGAGCACACACAGGAGAGAAACCUUACCCCUGCCCUAACUGUGGAAAGAGUUUUGUUUCUUCAGUACAUUUAAAAUCACACCAGAGAACACACACUGGAGAGAAGCCUUAUAGCUGUAAUCAAUGUGGGAAGAGUUUUACUCACUCAAGCUGCCUGAUGGUACAUCGGAGAACACACACAGGAGAGAAACCUUAUAGCUGUAACCAAUGUGGGAAGAGCUUUGUUACAUCUAGCCGUCUGACUAUACACCAGAGAACACACACAGGAGAGAAGCCUUAUAGCUGUGAUCAAUGUGGGAAUAGUUUUACUACAUCUAGCCAUCUGACUAUGCACCAGAGAACACACACAGGAGAGAAGCCUUAUAGCUGUGAUCAAUGUGGGAAGAGUUUUACUACAUCUAGCCAUCUGACUAUGCACCAGCGGACACACACAGGAGAGAACCCUUAUAGCUGUAAUCAAUGUGGGAAGAGAUACACUGGUAGAAAAUCUCUGAUUAAACAUCAGAAAAUACAUAUAUGAGGACAUUGUACCAUGAUUUCAAUUAAAUAAUGUCACAAUGUAGAAUGUUUUUAACAUUGUAGUAGGAGUAUUUUAAUGUCACAAUGUAUAACCCUAAACGUUUGCCCCCCCAUUCUAUUGAUAUUAGCCUCAUAAGGGCAAAAAACAGGCUCUGAAUUGAAAGAGCACUAUUUAUGUGAUUAACAAAGAAAGUGUUGCGUUACACUUACCGUGUUGGGACCCACUUGAAAAAAAAUGCAACACCUCAAAAUGUAGCUAGAUGUUUUCUACAAAUUGUCCUCUAACCAGUGAUGUAAACAUUAUUCCCAGAUUCCAUGUGGUUUUUGAGCUGUUAGUUUUAACAGGACAUUUAACCUCAUCUCCCCCUCUCGUGCAACUGAUUUCAAUGUGAUAUCUAUAUGAGUGAUGACAUAAGUGUUGCAUAUCUCUUAAUUUCUGCGACCCCUAAAUUUAAACGCAUUACUCCAAAAUGUUGCGGACUGAAAUUCCACAAAGAACUUUUAACAAGGCACACCUGUUAAUUGAAAUGCAUUCCAGGUGAAGCUGGUUGAGAGAAUGCAAAGCUGUCAUCAAGGCAAAG